GAGCGAGAGUGACGAAAGAAUUAAGAUUUUUGUUUAUUUAUCUAUAAUUUAGCGGUGUAUUAGAUUUUUUUUUAGGGGGGGAAAUUGUGGAUAUAUUAUAGAUUCGACGUUGGUUUGUUUAGGACAAUAAUGGCGAGGAAGAUCAUCAUGAUAAAUGUCGUGUUGUGUUUAUUACUCUGCAACUUCGAGCUGCAACUUGUCAUGGCAGAGGAAUCGAAGUUGUCUGAAGAAUCGAACGAAAUCGCCGACCCGCCUCUUGAUAACGAAAACGGAAAUCCUAAAGAAAACGGAGUUCAGGAAGAGGACCCUAAGAGUGAUAAAGAUAAGAAAAACGAAGACGACGAAGAAAUAGAUGUUGAAGGACGAAUUGUUGUGGGCGUGCAGGAGGGAUGGGCGGAUGGGCGUGUGGAGGAGGCGCAGCUGGUCAAAUCUGCUAAUAGAUUUAAUUAUAAAAUUCAGAUUGCAAGAGACGGUGCGAUUUCUUGCAAGGCAGAAGGACAAGAUAAAGAUGACGAAGAGGAUUAUAUUUUCAUUUAUCUUCCAAGAGCUGAGGGCGUGGUCCAGGCGCCCGCGAGCGACCUCCUGAAGGGGCUGAAGGCGGCGGAGGCGAGCAUCCUUCUACCCGAAGGCAGCAUCAACGCUCUGGUCGGCUGGGGUCAGGUCGUGAGGCAGGCGGCAAGUGCGGAAGGCGUGAGUGACCUCGUAGAACUGGUCGAGAUCUUGCGUCGUGACCCUGAACUCCGAAGCAAGUAUCGAAGCCGAUUCGACUCAGAGGGUCGCGUCUUCCAUGUUCUGAAUGACCUUUCGCACGUCAACAACCACGGAUUGGAGGUCACGGAGGUCAAGGAAGGUGAUAGGUCACGGUACGAAUUCAGAGUGAGUGGCCACGCCCCUUCUGUCAUAUUGGCCACGCCUACGAGCGAGAGGGGGCGGUCGGUACUCCUCGCUGUUUCGGAUUACCUGGUCGGGAGUCAUGAGCCGGGUGUCGGAUGUGUCGAUUGCAUUACUUCGGAUGACCCUGAACUCUACCUGAACGUGAGUCGGGUGACGCUAGUGGGCGUGUUCGUGACCCGCCCACAGCCCUUUCUCGAAGACGCUCUCGCCUCUCUCCUCGCCACUGGCCUCCACCCGAACAAGACCGUCGUAUUGGUCUAUAAUACGGUUCGUGGUUGCGGUUGUGGUUGUGGUUUGGGAUCAAUGUUGUUCCGACCAGUUCCAUUAACUAGCCAGAAACCACAGCCUAAUGUACCUUCCUUCCCCUUCAGCGUCCAGAGUAGGAUUCCUGCUUCCUUCUGGCGCGAGGUGGAUCCUGACCUUCGCCCCGCCUACUCCUGGGACCACGCCCAGAUCCUCAAAGGUCAAGGAAGCGCUCGCGGCUACUGGCACGCCUCCUGCAUCCGGGGCGUGUACUCCGUUCGCCACGAUAUCCUCGAGCGCGUGAGGAACCCUUACACUCACGCACUUCCUCUACCCACUGAAGAAGACCCCGACCUCGCCUUCUGCAGCGCUCUGAGGGAGGCUGGAGUGCCCAUGGUGGUGCAGACGGCGUUCCAGGAGCAGGGUGCCCUUCUCAACACCUCCGGGCACGACAUUGGCACUCGUGACAUUACCACGUCCUCGUCUAACCCGCUUCUGUGGCAUCUGUUCUACGUGCACCCGGAUUACAACAAGAUUAUGGGAGGAGAUUUCAGCCUCGUGGACAGACCAUGCUAUGAAGUGUACGUGUUCCCCACCUUCAGUCAGCGCUUUGCAGAUGAACUCGUGCAAAUUGCAAACUCUGUGAAUCAAUGGUCAACUGGAACAACAAAGCAGGACAUGAGAAAGAAGAACGGCAUCGAGGAAGUUCCCACAGUAGACCAGUGGUUCUCGCAGCUUGGCUUAGAAAAUCUUAUAGAUGAGCUCUUCGUCACCGUCUUCCAGAAUCUUGAGAUGCUUGCUUAUCCUAGCUCAUAUCCGGACGCCAUAACACUAUCUCUCAUUGCAAGAUUCAAGGCAGAUGAAUUACCAGGGUUAUCAAAGCAUAAUGACGCCUCAGUUGCUACUCUUGCUAUUAAUCUCACACCCAGUGAGCUCUACAAGGGGGGUGAAGUGGAGUUCCCUGUACAAGAGUGUCGCAUCAAGCCAGAAGCUGGUCAUGUAUUUGUGUAUCCAGGUCGUCUCUCACAUCCAAAGAUUUUCCACAAUGUGACUGAAGGUGUUCUUCAUAGAGCUAUUAUUAUGAUUGAUAGUAAGGACAAAAUGCUUGAUUAACAGCUCUUGCUUGUUGAUGGAGGCUGUCUUUUGAGAUUCUGAGUGUGUAUAUAUAAAGAAAGAAUGGAUUAUUUUGCUUAUACACUCAGCCUCACCUUUCAAAAACAAGAAAGGGAAUUACAAUGGGGUUUGUGGUAUAUCAGGAACAAUUUUAGUAUAUAAAAUAUAAAUUAAUGUAGUCAGUUCUUUUCUGUAAAUUUCUUGAUGCAAUUUCUGUGGAUAGCAGAAAUAUUUCUGUUUUUCUUAGACCUUCAUAGAAAUGAACUCAGUAAUAACUGUUAUGAUAUUACCUGCAUAUUAAGUGUUAUGUACUUUCACACAGUUAUUAGAUUGAAGUUGGCAAUCUUUUUUUUUUGUUUUUUUUAUAGGUAUAUCUAUUGGUGCAGAAGUGUUGUCAGAUCUAAUAAAUUAUACCACACA